AGCAGCAUCAGGAGCAGCAUGGCGGACAUGAGACUACCAACUGUGCGAAAACCACUCACUUUAUCGUCUUCUUUUUCUGAUCGAAAGGAUUUGGUGGUGCCUGGAGAUGUGAUCACUACAGAUACUGGUUUUAUGAGGGGUCAUGGUACUUAUGUGGAUGAAGAGAAGUUGACUGCGUCUGUCGCUGGAGAGGUGCAGAGAGUCGACAAGUUGAUCUGCGUCAGCCCUCUAAAAACCAGAUUCAAUGGCGAGGUUGGAGAUGUGGUUGUUGGGAGGAUCACAGAGGUUCAGCAGAAGCGGUGGAAAGUGGAAACAAACUCCCGGUUGGACUCUGUGCUCUUGUUGUCAUCAGUGAAUCUGCCUGGCGGAGAGCUGAGGAGACGGUCAGCAGAGGAUGAGCUCACCAUGAGAGAAUAUCUUCAGGAAGGCGAUCUGAUCAGUGCAGAAGUGCAGUCAGUUUUCUCCGAUGGAGCAUUAUCACUUCAUACAAGAAGUUUAAAAUAUGGAAAACUCGGUCAAGGCGUAUUAGUGCAGCUUUCACCUUCUUUGAUCAAGAGACAGAAAACACAUUUUCACAACCUGCCAUGUGGUGCCUCCAUUAUUCUUGGUAACAAUGGGUUUGUCUGGCUCUACCCGACUCCAGCACAACAGGAAGAGGAAGCUGGGGGCUUUUACACCAGUUUAGAGCCAGUUAACCUCUCCGACAGAGAAGUGAUUUCAAGACUAAGAAACUGUCUUCUAGCUUUAGCUGCACACAAAGUUCUUCUUUAUGACACUAGUGUGCUGUAUUGCUAUGAAUCUUCUCUUCAGCACCAGGUGAAGGACGUUCUAAAGCCUGAAGUAAUGGAGGAGAUUGUGUUGUUGACACAGCAGAAACUUAUGGAACAUGAAAGUUAGAAAUGCCCCAUCUUUAUUCCCAAAAUCAAAAAGACUUUUAAUAAUAUUUGAAUGAACUUAGAUCUGUAACGAUUUUUUUUACUGCUGAAAUGUUAUUGUUGUGCUGAGUUUAUUUUUCUUCAAUAAACUCAAUUCUUUGC